UCAACAUCACACAUUGAUCCAUACAACUCUUCAAGCUUCCAUCAACUUGACCCACACAGAAGAAAAAAAAGAGAAGAAGAAAGACUUUUUUUCUUGGGUAUUUCCCAAGUUUUCUUUUUUCUUUCUCAAACUUUUUUUGUGGGUAUUUCCCAAAACAGAAACUUUUUUUUUGUUCUUAUAUUACAUAUAUUUUAAAUUUUAUAAAAAUGGGAAACUGUAUGAUGGGAGGAAACAACAUUGCAAAGAUGGUUCAAGAAGAAGAAGAAGUAAUGAAGAAAGAUUACAAGAGAAAGGAUCGUAAAGUCAAGAUUGUUCUGAGAAGAGAUGAGUUAGAGAAACUCAUUCUCUUCCAGCUAAACGCUGGUGGCAACGUUGAAGGCAAAGGAGAAACAACUUUGGCUUCUUUCGGAGAUUUUCUCAGGGAGUUAGAGGCAGAGAGAUCUGCUGGAGAAGCGGCUGCUAAGGCGGCUGAGGAAGAGGAGGAGUCUCGCCGGACAUGUCGCAAGUGGAGGCCGUCGUUGGAAAGAAUCACUGAAUGGCCUGAAGAGACACUUUCGUAAUCACUUUCUUUAAUUCUCAUUUUUAUUUUUUUCAUCUUAGAGAGCUUCUAAAUUUUCGUUUUAUUUUAUUUUUCUUAUUAAAAUAGGAUUUAUCUGUGGGGGAGUUUGUUCUUUUUGCUGAUUUUUUUUUUCCCUUUUAUUACCGAGGGAUAUUUUUUCACCUGAGAAUUGUUCUGUCUCAGAGUGUUUGAAAUCAGCAAAGGCUUAUUUACCCUAGAGAAAAUCCAAAGAAACAACGAAAUUAUGUAUUUUUAUUUUCGUCUUUCAUGUAAGGUUCUAUUAUUGUCAACAUAAAUAAAUUAUAAGUUUAGUUUAAUUGUU